CCACCACCAGAGGUAUCGAUCGGGCACUGGUGUGAGACAGGAGCAACCGUCGCCAUGCCGAAGCUGCAGAGGUUCAGAGGAGUGAGGCAGAGGCACUGGGGCUCCUGGGUCUCCGAGAUCCGCCACCCACUCCUGAAGACGAGGAUCUGGCUGGGCACGUACGAGACGGCGGAGGACGCGGCGCGGGCGUACGACGAGGCGGCGCGGCUGAUGAGCGGGCCGGCGGCGCGCACCAACUUCCCCCUGAGCAGCGGCACCGGCGGCACCCUCUCCCCGACGCUGCGCGCGAAGCUGGAGAAAUGCUGCACGGAGGAGUCGGCGUCGAAGCAGCCGGCGCAGGACGGCGGCGCGGACGCGUCAGGAGCAGAGCGCGACGGCGGAGGCGUUGGGCAGGAGCAGCAGGGCGUGAAAGCCGAGACCGGCGACGACGACGGCGACGAGUACAUCGAGGAGAUGAUCAGGGAGCUCACCUACUACGGCCCCGUGGAGAUACAGCACCCCUCCGGCUCCUCCGGCGCCGCCCCCGCCUGCUCGAGCUCGCCGGCGAUUAGGUGAUGACUGAGCGAGCCAGCCAGCCAAAGUUUAGCCGCUAGCUAGCUAGCCGGCCGAUGCAGCAGCCGUCGUCGUCAUCUACAGCAGCCGUCGUUUUGUUAGGCACAUUUAGCCGUCCAUUUAGGAGGAGAGGGGCCCGGUCCGGAGGGAAUGGAACGCGAGUUGCAUUGGCACCCGCCCAGGCGGGGCCCUCUCCCGGGAUCGGGAUUGGGAUUGAGCGAGCCGGUGUGUACAGAGCGGGAAGGGGACCAAAGGAUCUUUCGGGAUAAGGGGUCUUGAUUUGGUUCAUGAUGUGAAGCUUGUUUCAGGACCUGUCGUUUAGCCCCUUUGGUAUCCGAGCUUUAGCGCCUUUAU